AACUCUUGGCAUUUCCCAUGGCGCUUGGAAGUGUGUUGUAUUCUUCAUCUAGCCAGCGUGCUGCAGUCGGAUACCCGAAUUAAGGGCUUUGCGCGAUAUCUCAACACACACAUUUGCUGACCCAAGCUUUCUGACAAGUUGAGUGAAUCGCUUGCGGAAGGGCUAUUCUCAGUCGAGGUCUCAGGUGCUGAACUCUCGCUGGCGCUAGGAUACAGCUGGGAUGCCAGACGGACGGCCCAGAAGCGACUGGGGUCUUUCCAGAAGAGGAAGACAUGGAUAUCUUAAGCAUGCCCUCAGAGGCUCAAUAGCUUUGCGAUCGGCCGACAUUGAUGCUUUGUUCGGAGCGUGCAUAAGCACAUACCUCUCCUAGCAAGACCAGGAGAUCAAAAGGUACAAUGAAGUGGAAGUAAAAAGUAUCAAUGGGCAUAAGUGUAUGCCCCUUGCUGAACCAUGGCCGUGGUUCAGGUUAAUGCAGGGCACAACAGAACCAAUGCCGAGUCGAUGGUUGAAGAUGGGCAAACGUUGAACUCAGUCGGAAGCCCAAUUUCUAAAUCUGGACACAAUAGUAUGGGGACGCCCUCUGAACAGAGGACCCCGGGGGCACCCUCGGGGCACAAAGGAUGGCCUAGGGAUCCCCUCUGGGCAUUCUCCAGCUGUGGUGGUAGCGAAAUACAGGUUUUGUCCGCCUGGAAGUCACAUCCUAGUUGCAGCGAGCCAGGGACAACCAUCCCACACCAAAUUGCCCAUGACAACGCCAGCAGCUGGGCCCAGCGGGUUUCUGGGUUUCUAGUUGCAGGCGUAGUUGCAGGCGUGCACACCCUCACCUUGGGUCGCCGAACAAAAGGCACCUUCACCCACCAAUUCGAGGACUGCUUCCUUCCUGCUCUCUAUCCGGCCUUGAAGUACCCGACACUUCAUCCCAUUGCCGUAGUCGUUUUCCUCCGACAACCAGCACACGUUCACCGGUGCAGUAGCGUGUCUGACACCAGACUACAGGAGAGCGAACGAGCAGAUCCCCCUCGGGCAAUUGAAAGAGUCGAGUCUUCGUAUAAGUGCAGUGUCCGGGUUACCGAAUGCGGGCGACGUGCUGGGACUUGAGCUCUGAUCAUUGGA